GCCAAGCCAAGAUGGCGACAAGAAAGCAAUUACACAGCAGUCACAGCUUUGACGCAGAGUCUUGUGAAGGGGGAAGAGAAUUAUUCGAGGCUUGUAGAAAUGGUGACGUAACUAAAGUUCGAAGGAUAGUCAACAUAAAUCCUAAUGUGAACAUUAGAGAUACAGCGGGCAGAAAGUCCUCUCCUCUCCACUUCGCUGCAGGUAAGAAUCGAAUGAAAACAAACCGAAUGGCCGAGGCGCAUUGUUGAUGUCAAUUGCAUUUCUUUAGCAAAGAGAAAGAGUAAUUCUCUUUAUUGAGAAAUCAUUCGAUGUGUUUUUACUUCAAAAUUGUCUAUUCUGUUGCAACUUCUGGGCUUACGCUUGUGUUGUUUAGGGAAUUCUUGAAAUGUCAAAUCGACAUAGAAUCAUGCGAAUCAACAACUACAUUUAUUCCACCAAAAACUGGCCGCCCUUUGUUGUAACUUAACAUAUUUUUCAACAUUAGCUUCCAUGGUAGGCGUGUACGGGUUGAUUUAUUGAGUUAUAGUUGUUCAUUCUUCGAGAAAAAAAGAACGAUACAGUAUCUUGAAGCGAGAUGAAUAGGUUAAAUUUUACGAAAUCUUCUCAUGUUUUUGUUAAAUGUACCUGUUGCAAUUGAAAGGACUGAAGGUAUUCACGUUUUUAUUGCCUCACAAGUGCUGUAUUAUUGGAUAAACCUUUUUAUGAAAGGAGCAUGAAAUUGUUCUUCAAAAAAAAAACAAUCGACUGUGAUGAUGGUUACUUUAUUACAAGCAGUCCAGAAGUUUUCAUUGUGGCCCACAAAUGAGGACAAAAACAAACGUUUCAAAAUAAACCUAAGAAGGUUUAGAAAAACCAGUGGGCUAUUUAGAAGCUUGACCAAAGAACUGAAUUCAGGAUUACCAUGAACAAAUCAAGUUACAUGUAGCAGAACGUGACAUGUACAAUGCAGGACUUUGGUUAAACACAGGGUAGGCCUUUAGAUUCCAGGGCCCAGUUGUUCCAAAGGUGGCUAGUGCUAUCCUCUGGAAUCUCUAUCCAGUAGUUAACACAACUGAUUUCCUGGUGUGAAGUCGUUUCGCCUAGACUAAGUCGAUUCGCCCAAAGCGUAUUUGUCAUUCUUUAAGCCUGAAAAAAGGGAAUAAGCAUAGAAAGACAAGGACCGCACAUAAGGAAUCCAAGGGUAACUAAAAUAACAUCUCAAAAGUUAUAUUCACCAUGUUGUAGAGUGUUGUAUGUCAUUGGGCGAAUCGACUAAUGUCCUGGCAAACGCCAUCGGGCGAAUCGACUGUCGGGCAAAACAACCGCAACUCGAUUUCCCUAAUACUUAUCCACUGGAUGGUGAUUUAUCUGCUGGGUUGCGCUAUCCAACAUUUGAACAACUGGAGCCAGUGCUGCUUGGCCAUGUUUCAUGUACCUUUAUAAAAAACAACAACAACAACAACACAAAGAACACACAAAAAAAAAACACGAAAGCAGGGAUUCAAAGACAAAUGCAUGUUUCAGUUGUUAGCUAGACAUCCUUUUGUAGCAGCAAUCAACUACAUUGUGUUCGAAGGAAAUAUUAUUGUAUCAAAAUUUGUUGUAACCAAUUUAUCCAGAUCAAAGUGUAUAGAACUUGUAUUGUGCACACAAUGUGUCGUUAGAAAAUGUACAGCAUUACUGUAUUUCUAUUAAAUAUUAUUAUGAGAGAGAAAGCUUCUUCGCAAGAAGGGGAAUAAUUACAUUGUAUCCUACCUUAUGUGGAUAAUUAUCUUGUAAGAAAUGGGACUUGAGUCCUUUAACUUUCUGCAGUUGUAAACGUCAAAGUUCAGCAAAGAAAAUCCAAAUUUAUUUGUAAAAUGCAGUAAAACAAGUAACACAUCUACCUGUAUAUCAAUGAUGUAACAGCGCUGGCAAAUUGGGAUAUUUCAUUUGAGUAAACACUUCAUUAGAUUUUGUCCACAAGCCAUGAAGUUGAACAUUAAGAACCACCUUAUUCCAUAAGACUCCAUCGAAAUGAAUAUGUUUACCUUUUAUUUUUACUCUACUAGAGAGAGUUUUUAAUGGUAGCUGACAGUGUUUUUGAUGAGGUGUUAUUUAAAACUGCAGUUUUUCUAUUCAUUGAAUAGGGUUUGGCAGAAAGGAAGUUGUGGAGUAUUUGCUACAACACGGAGCUGAUGUGCAUGCCAAAGAUGACGGUGAGUACUUUGUUAUCCUUAAUGUGUAUUUGUCAGUUUUCACCACGAUAAAAUUUUUGCCUAUUUUAGCCUGUGUUUCAUCGUUGAGUGUCUUUGUGUUUGGUACAUGUGUAUUAUUGUACUUAAAGUUGAGAAUAGUUGCUACAUACUAAAAAAUUAUCAAUAAAUUAAGAUUCUAAUUAACAUUCUGUAAAUACAGUAUUGUUCAAUAGUAAUUUGAGUCUUGAUUCUUGAUUCAAUUCUCAAUUGUUCAUAAGAGAAUCAAGUAUCGAGAAUCGAGAAGCAGUCAUGAGGAAUUGAGUCUUGUGUGACAGAUGGUACUGCAUGUUGUCUUUGUGUACUAAACGCUGCUUACAGGGGCAGAUCCACACCAGUUUCCACUGUUUUACGAAAAUCUGUCAGAUUUUUCAUGAUAAAUGUAUUAAAAAAAACUUUCCAAGUUGAAAUCCAGAAAUAUAAUGGUUUGGACAAAUAAAAUUUUUCGAAUUUACUGGCAUUAGACAAGCUAUCCCGCCUCAUGCAAGGAGCAUGGAACUGGCCAAUAUCCUGUCUGAAUUACUCAGAAACCAAGGAAAGGGGACUUUGGGGAGUUAAAAUCCAGAAAAUUUCUCAUGGCAGCGUGCCAUGGGACCCUCCUAGAAGCUUGUACCUUUGCCGCUCAUUUACCUGUAGGAAAUCGUCAGUAUUUAUCCUAGAUCCCUCUGGCUCUGGUCAGGGGAUACUCACAGAAAAUUGCAAAUGAAGUUUUAAGUGUGUUGUUACCAUGAGAAAGGCUUUUGGUUUUGUUUGUUUUGUCUUUAAUUCUAAAUUUCAUGUGAGGAUAGAAAUUUGAAUGUCAUCUGUUUUCCUUUGAUCUGUGCUGUUCAGGUACAGUGUACAGUGUAACACUAGUCAAGUGUUUCUUUAAAGCCACUGGCUUAUAUCCUUAUAUUUGUAAUGUUACUAUUACCAAUAGUCAAACUUAAAGCAUGUUUUUUUGUCUUUUGUUUCAUCAGGAGGCUUGAUCCCUCUUCACAAUGCUUGUUCCUUCGGCCAUGCAGAGGUUGUCAGGUUGUUAUUGCGACAUGGAGCGGACCCAAAUUCAAGAGACAACUGGAAUUACACUCCUCUUCAUGAGGCUGCAGUAAAGGGAAAGGUGGAUGUUUGUGUUGGUAAGUCAAGUUGAUGUGACAUUAAAUCCAUGAUGUCUUUGAAUCUAGAAUUACUACUGUACUUUUACAACAGAUACAUGUACAAUGUACAUGUAUUAUUUUGGUGACCACUUUACAUUUUCAUGAAGUGAGGGAAUCCCUAUACUCAGGGAUGCAAAUUAAGUUGGUCAUCACACAAUUUGUACAAAAUUUUGCUGUAUGCAACAAAAUGUUUAAUCUACCUACAGUCAUAUGUGAACUCACUGUGUUUGACUGCACUGAAAACAAAUUCAUGUAAGAAGAUGGGGAUUUUUAAUACCAUAUUGAAACUUGCCAGGUUUAUUCACAUAAUGUUAAGAAAAAAUGGCUUAAAUUCCUGGCAAUAAGGAAAAUUGUGGAAUUUUCGGCAACCACCUGAAGUUGCAGAGCAUUACAAAAAGUUCCACCUCUAUAAAUGUAUCUCAAGGAAAAAUUGACUAGCAAUACUGGGAAUUUAAAGGUCAGGGAAAAAGCUAAGCUUCUUAUAUGCAAUUCUUGAUUUUUUGAGCCUGGGAUAUAAACUGGAAAUCACACCUUACAGCUGUACAUGAAAGUGUAAAAAUUGAAACCUAUCCUUAAAUUUGCAGCCCUGUGCCCAAAAGAAAAUCAUCUUGCAUUACAAAUGGCAUCCUCUUUUUUACAACUAUUAGUAAAGGAUAGUUGUUACAAAGGGAUGCACAGAACAAAGCUGUGAGUGGCUCUUUAUGCAGACUCAAACUCUCCUUUUGUUCCAUUAGCACAUCAAGGCAAUUUGAAGGGGAGAAAGUGGGAGUUAAGAAGAAGCUGCUUAGGGCUUGUUUUCUUGCACUCCUGGUCUUACUGUCUGUCGGUGUAGUGUAAUAUUAAUUUUAAUGACAUGAACUUUUUCAUUUUGUUAGUUCUACUUCAGCAUGGUGCAGACCCCAACAUUCGAAAUACAGAUGGUAAAACAGCAUUAGAUGUAGCUGAAGCAUCAGCUAAAUUAGUCUUGACAGGUAUUUAUAACAACAUUGUUCUUCAUCUUUCACAAGCUUCUAAUAAUUAAACCCGUGGCCUUGAUUUCGCUCAUUAUCAUCCCAUUUCAUUUUCCUUUAAGGUAUGACAUUACUUUCAUUAUUUUACAGUACUCCUAAUGAUGUCCCAAUGAUUUGAGCAUUAUCAGUUCGCUUGUUUCUGCUUUUUAUAUUAAUUUGUUUUCCCUUACAACUGUAGCACAAUUAAUACUUUGCCUCAUUGAAAAUGAUGUUGUUAUUUUCCAGCUCAUGUCCUUCCUUUGGAUGAGUGCCGGGGAAACAAAAAUAUUAAUUUUGUUUUGUCAUAACGUAAACUUUGUUUUCAUUGAUGGGAGUACAUGUAUGUUGUAACAACUUUAGUUUGAAUGCUCCUUUUGUGUCAGUAAUAAAGAGUCAGGCAUGAUCUUUUGUCAAGUUAUUUCACAACUUUUAAAACUUGUUAUUCUCGCUAUUUAUAAAUAGGUGAAUACAAGAAAGAUGAACUCUUAGAAGCUGCAAGGUAUGAUGACUUCCCCUUCCCCUAUAGUUUGAAAAAAAAAAAAGAAAUAGCUGUAGGAAAUGGCUGUAUGAGUGGUAGACUCAUCAGACUAAGGAUCUUUUUAGGUCUGGAAAGAAACUUGACUCAGUACCAACCCCAUGGGGUGGGGGGGGGGGGGGGUUACAGCUGUACAGUGUACUUCCUACUAAUAGGCUAAUGGGGAUGUGCAGCUGGAUAGGGUUGCAUUUUCACAAUUGGGGCCUGUUUCUCAAAAGAGCCUGUUGAGUAGUAUCACAGUUCCUAGCUCACAAACCGGUCAAUUUUGCUUUGUUAGUUGAUAGUUUCAUUGUAUCAUUUUCAAAAUUUUUGAAACUUUGAUUUUAAAGGCAAACAUGGCAAACAUACAUGUAAAACAGCUUUUCGGGCCCGAAACGUUAUCGAGACUUUCAAGAAACAGGCCCCUGGAUUGACUAUCAUGGGGAUGCAUUUUCAAUAAUAGUUUCUAGAGUGGGGUGGCACAUUAAUUUUGUGAGAUUUGGGGGUUAGAAAAUUCUGGUACACACUGCCUGUAACUACAUGUAGGGAAGAUUUGUGGUUAAAAAGUGAAAGAAAGUGACGUUAGUUGGGAUCGCAAAAACCACUUUUGCCCAAAAGUGAGUAAGAUAGGGUCUAUAAUUGACCACAGAAUAGACCAUUUAUAGUGAAGACGGGGUUCUGAGUGAGAGGCUAGUGGCACAUAUCCAGAAAAAAAUUUGGCCCGAGUUUCCCCCUCCCCUGACUGCUGGGUUUAGUAUAUAUAUCUUCUCCAAGUGGAAGUAGCAAUUCACUUAAGUGUUCCUUGCUUUAGAAACCAGCUCUCUGGCCAAGUGGCAUUACAUGAAAUUUGUUGUGUGCCUUUACCUUUAUCUAAGAAUUUAAGAAAGGACUUCAUGUCAUGUUGGAAUUUCUUUGUUUAAUUUUUGUUCUUUAGAAGUGGCAAUGAAGAGAAACUCAUGUCUUUACUUACACCACUGAAUGUCAACUGCCAUGCCAGUGAUGGUAGAAAGGUAUGUUAACAAAAUUUUCCUUCCAAAGAUCAAUCUAUUAAAUUUUGAAUAUCAACAGUUUCAUGUAAAACUGUUAUCAUUGCAAAAUUUAGGCUGCAGUCAGGAUAAUCAUGACACCUUCAAACAACGGUCUUUUACACCAAAAGUUUUGCUGCUCUAUGUCACUUCCAAAUAAAAACAAAAUCAGAUAAGCUACUUGUAACUUUAUCUGAGCUACUACAACGAUUCAAAGAAGGCCUCAACAACAAUUGGACAAAGAAAAUAUGGAUAAAGUUGUAAGGAUAUGAAGUUUAACUUGGAGAUUUUUCAGAAAAUAGUACAUGUAGAUUAUAGUAUGGAAUUGUAGACUUCUUUGAAAACUAUCUCCUUUUGAAUGGUGGCAACUAUCUUAUGUUCAAACAUAAAGGGGACAUAAUUGCCAUUUUCGGGGAUGUACUACAGUAUACUCAGAAGUGGUUAAUUAAUUAAUUAAUUAAGUUAAUUAGUUGAUGAUCUUAAAUCUAUUAAUUUUUUGUAAUUUUUCAGUCAACUCCUCUACAUUUAGCGGCUGGUUACAACAGAGUCAGAGUAGUUCAGUUGCUGUUACAGCAUGGAGCUGAUGUCCAUGCGAAGGAUAAAGGGUAAAAAUCAAUGAUUCUUACCUUGCUUACAUAUCACUUCAUUUUUGAUAAAACAAUGUACUUAAAAUAACUGUAAAAUAAAUUCACUGCACAGCCAAUACAGAGAAAAAAGGACAGGAAAGAAAGUGAAGAAAGUGUAGAGCUGCGAGCAAGUCUUGAAUGAUUUUAUUAUUUUACGUCUGAAUAGCUGCAAACAUUUUUUGCAAAUUUUUGAAGUUACUUUAGAUGUGAAAAUUGUUUGAGAGAUCGCAAAGUUAGUCAAGCCUACCCUCAUUAUUACUUAAUACACUGUAUGUACUGGAUCUUAAUCUUCAACAAUCAUAGUGGCACCUUUUGACCGUUUGUGGAGGCAGAGGUACAAUGUACAACGUACAAACAUGUACAUAAAUACGUAGCACUUAGAAGUUUAAAAUUCCUGUUUGUACUAAGUACAGAAUUGAUCCAUUAGCCUUUGUACACAUAAUAAAUUAUGUAUUUAUUUAAAAGAAAAAUGUUUUUGAAAAUAUAAACUCAUUCCUUUUCUCAAUUAAUUUUUUGUUAUGUGUUUUUAAUUAGUGGUUUGGUUCCUCUCCACAAUGCUUGCUCUUAUGGGCAUUAUGACGUCACUGAAUUAUUGAUCAAGGUAAGUCGAAAAAGGUAAUUACCAUCAGCCAUAUUAGCCACAGGUUGUCUAAAACAACCUGUGCUUGCCACUUCAAACACAAAAUAAUAUUGUUUUUGAGCUGCUUGUGUUUAAAAUGGGAUCAGCUAGUUUUUGACCAGUCAAUUACAUGUAUAAUAUAGUGGAAGACAUAGAAAUGUGAGAGUGUUGUUUUAAUGAGCUUUAAGCUAAUAGUUCACCUUUAAUGUUGUGAUUAUUGUUUAUAGUGUUCUCUUGCAGUGUAACUGUUGUGAUGUCUUGACCUUGUUUCUCUACAUAUUCCUUCAUUUACAAGUUACAAUGAGUGAACUUUGAAUAUUAAUGUUUGAUUUUGCUCUUUAGCAUGGUGCAAGUGUUAAUGCCAUGGAUCUGUGGCAGUUUACCCCUCUUCAUGAAGCAGCCUCUAAAGCGAGGUAUGCAAGUGUAACAGCCAUGAUAACUACACUGUAAAUGUACAUACUUUAUGCUGGAGUUAGGCAUGCGCAGUUAUUUACUACAGUGGAACCCCAUUAAUAUGGUGACCACCCGUAUUAACGGGGUGGCUGUAUUAACGGGUAGGCUCAAAUUUAAUGACCUGAGGGCCAUAAUAAAAAAUACACCACACAUUGCAUUCACUGUACUACUCUCAGUAAUAAACAACCAGAAUGUAGAUAAUGCGUACAGUAAUUGAAAAGUCUUAAUGUGGUGAAAUUAUAAGGGAUUCUACUGUUUGGGUUUUUAUUUAACAGGUGAUGGCAUUAACAGGUUUUUUUAAAAGGAAAUGCAUGGCUGUUUUGCUGGGCCAAAAAAAACUGGCCGUAAGGCUAGUUUUCCCUAGCAGCAAGGUUAAUUGGUGCUGGAGCCGUAAUAAGCUUCACUGUGAAGGUGCAGAGGGUUAUGUUUCUGUGAGAUUUUGCUUGCUUGCCGAAGUCCAGACUGGAAAGUACAAUGUGCCAAAUUACUUCAUAACAUUACCUUUUUAUCAGGAAACCCUUAUUACCGUAGGUACUUUUUAUAGAUGCAGAUGGUUAUUCAAACUUUAAUUAUUAUUGUUAUUUAUUUUUGUCUUUUCUCUGCCACUAGAGUGGAGGUGUGUUCCUUGCUUCUUGCCCAUGGAGCUGAUCCUACUUUACUUAAUUGCCAUUCCAAGGCAGCUGUGGAUGCUGCGCCAACAAAAGAACUUCAAGAUAAGCUUUCGUGUAUGUUCAGUUUUUUGUUUGAUCUCUUUCUACUGUCACGGCCAAAAUUAAUAUCCGAUACAAUGUCUGAUAUAGAAGUCACAGCAAAAACAGUUUUUGAACUGAGGUCAAAAUGUUCGAUGCUUCCAUUGAGGUUUCUUGGAAAAUGAAAUGCAUGGGAAGGAGAAAAGAAAAUAAUUAUGCCAGUGCCAUCAUGUCAUUUUCAUGGUGUGUACUCUUAUUGACCAUAGCUAUCAACCUGAACCAUUGGAUGAGAAAUUGCUCAAUAUUAUUAUGGUAAAAAAUAGUUACUUGAUGCCUUCAUAUUCUUAAAACAGAAGUUGUAUGGAAAUUGAGGGUGGCAUUAGUAAAAUAAAUUCUAAGUGUAUCCUGGGUGCUUACCAUUGACACAAACCACAUGGGUGGAAAUCUUGUACAUAUACAAAAACAAACAAUGGUUGAAGAACAACCGCCACAAAGUACAUGUGUAUCCAAAUCACCUGAACAGACUAAGAGCAGAAACAUGGCAUCACCUGAAAUCACAGCCCAUGUUUUCUUAAGCUUCCCAAAUCGAAUGGCACAAACCAUUUCAUUUUCCAACCAGAAUUUCUGGUUUUAUCAUGUAAAUUAAUGGUAAGUUCCCCUGUACUCACAUCCUUCCCUCUUGAAGCGUGGAAAGUCCGUGUUUGUUGUCAUCACAACAUGAAAGCUCUCUACACUUGCACUGAUUGUUGUUGCUCACUUUUCAAAUUUCUCUUAAUCAGUUGAAUUUAAGGGCCAUCAACUGUUAGAGGCAGCUAAAUCCUGUGACUCAGCAAAACUCAAGAAACACAUAACACCAGAGAUUAUUAACUUUCAGCACCCCCUCACAUUAGAGAGUUCCUUGGUAAGUUCUUUCUUUAACCCUUUAGACCCUGAUAUCAAAAUGUAAAUUCUCAUUUGUUGUCUCUGUACACUUCCUACAGAAGUAGUGGCGAGAAGUUGUUAGAGUGUCAAUCCCUUAAUUCUUGCGACCAUAAUGUUUUUUGGAGCAAAGAUAUUACAAGGAGAAAAUUGAUGCUGAUCACACUUAUAGCUUAAAGGGUUAAGGUUACUAUACAGUAAAUGUAAUUAAUAGGCCAUUUUAUGAUUAAAGAUGGAAAAGAGGCUGGAGUUAUCCCUGUCUUGAUCAACCCUUCCUGCUUUAUUAUGUAAAUCAUGUUCUUAUGGUAACUAGUAUUUUUCAAGCAUAAUUUUCAUAAGAAAACAAAGAGGUUUGGAUCAAAACAAGGUCAAGCUCAGCCCCACAUUCAGUUGAAGGCUAAGGACGGUACUAAGCGCGCAACUCUGAGGACUGUAGCUGUGACUGUAAAUAAAUUGUUUUUGUUAAACUUCACAAUGUCACCGUUUGAUAACAUCUCUGUGUUGUGAAUGUUCUGGCAUUGGGUUUGCUUGAGAGUCAAGUCUGAAGGAUUCCUUAAUCACAGAAUAACCAUAACUUGGUUUUGCUCAAGCUGCCUACAUGUACAUAUAUAGUUUUUCUCCUAAUUUGGUAGUUCCAAAGAGACUCUAUCACCAACAGUGAACCUGCAUAUAGAAAGUACAGCUGUACGUUUUAAAGAAUAGGACUCCCUGAAUUUUUGCUUGUUCUCUUUGUACUGGUUUUCCAGGAAUUUAAUCUCUUCUUGUUGUUUUAUUUUGUAGCAUCUUGCAGUAAGUUCUCUUUGUCCAAAGAGAAAAGCUGCAAUUGAAUUACUGCUGAAGAAAGGCGCUGACACCAACUUACAAAAUAAAGAGUAAGGAAAUUUUCUUGUUUUUUAAUAAUAUUGUUUAAACAUUUUGUGUGUCAAAGCUAUUCUUUGGUGGUCUCCAUUCUUUGUUUUCAGUUCUUUGACACCCCUCCACAUUGCCUCAGAAAAAUCACAUACUGAUGCCAUGGAACUUUUAAUUAAAAAUGGAUCCAAAGUAAGGAGCAAUUAUAACAAUUAUUAUUGUUUUUUGUCUUAUCACAUACAAAACUGUAGCUAGAUGUGUUAUGUUUUUGGUAUCAUACCUGUAUGCUCAAUAAUUUAAAAGUAUUAAAACCUCUGCAUGUAGUUGCUAAGGUCAUGAUUCUAGACUUACAUUGUUUUUAUAAGCUUUUUAAGAUCCCUUGCAAUCAGUUCCACUAUUUUUUUUUAGGAGUUGCUUAUUACCAUUUUAAAUCACCAGUGUUAUUGUUGUCAUUUUGCCUCAGUAACGUACAUGUAGGGAAGUGCAAUGCUUAUUCUUCUGUCAUUAUUUUUGAAGUGCAUUAAUGCAUUAGAAUUAUUACGCAGGACUUGGCAGAUGUAGCAUUGUUCACAUUUGAAUUUCUGUGAAUUGCACAGGUGAAUGCAGUUGAUGCACUUGGAGAAACUGCCCUUCAUCGAGCUGCAGCAGCUGGCCAGAUUUCAGCAUGUCGUGUGUUAAUCACACAUGGAGCAGAUGUCAGUUUGCGGUCAUUUCAAGGCCAUACUGCAGCAGAGGUGGCUUCAGAACCUGUGCAAAAAAUCCUACAUGGUAAACAAUCAAAUCUUUUUUGUAACAACUAAUCUACGGCUGUAUUUCUAGUUCACUCUUAUUUCUUUUGACUACAGCGUGUCUCUAAUAUGCAGAGACUUGUAACACAGGUACAAAAACACUCUGUGUGUAAUAUUAUUAUUCUUAAACUUGUUUUACAGAGGAACCACCUUCAACUGGAUCUGAAAUUGAGAAACAGCUGCUGGAGGCUGCAAGAUCAGGAGACAUGGAAGUUGUUAAGGUAUUGAAAUAAUCUAAUUUAGUCAGUAUGAAUGUCCAGUCAGAACUUUUCGCUACCAAUGUUACAAUGGGUGCCAGUGUGUUCAUGAUUGUUGUCUUUUUUGUUUUUGUUUGAGAAGAAUGUGUCACUGAAUGUUAACUGGUGAUUUGUUGGUUCUCCCCUUUGCUCCUGGAGGUUUUUCUCUGUGUACCACAGUUUUCCCCUCUCCUCAAAAACCAACAUUUCCAAAUUCCAAUUCGACCAGGAAUCAGGUAGAAGAAGAACCACUAAGAGGAUAUGCUACAUGUACCUCGAAAUCGUUAUUUAAUAAUAUUUAUUUAUUCAUUUACAAAUUGGCACAAGGAAAACAUUCUCUUUUAAUUUGUUAUUGGCAUUACAUUCUGACAACAGGGCUACUGUUCACUUUUAAAUCAUGUCUAAAAGGCACUACAUGUAAUAAUUUGUGUAUCCUUAUAUGGUAGUACAGUGUAUUGUUGAAUGGUGGAAUGAAGUACAGACAAUUUAAUUUCCUUUUUUGUGUUUCGCCAUAGAAAUUAUGUACACCCCAGACUGUAAACUGCAGAGAUCUUGAAGGAAGACACAGCACCCCACUUCAUUUUGCUGCUGGUUACAACAGAGUUACAGUAGUGGAAUAUCUGCUGCAGAAUGGAGCUGAUGUACAUGCCAAGGACAAGGGGUAAAUUGACUAAAAUCAAUGUAAAACCUUUAAUACAAUCACAAAUAAUUACUUACAGCUGUGGCGGCAACACAUUAUUUUUCACUGUAUGCACUUGACAUUAUACAUCAUCAUUGUGGUGUCAGUGGUCUCUAUUAUACAAGGUUGUCUUUUAGGUGAUAUGGCGAUUUUGGGCCUAUUCCUCACGUAGUAUUAUCACUGUCAGUUGCACAAGGUGGUUUAACUUUGUGUAUUUCUUUGGUUUCUAUUUCUGUUAGAGGAUUGGUCCCUCUCCAUAAUGCUUGCUCUUAUGGUCAUUAUGAAGUGGCUGAACUCCUUGUCAAGGUAAUACAUCUUAGAGAAUGUUUUAGUUGUAGCUGGUGCAUGAAAGAUUUACCGGUAGUCUGAAAUGUCAUCCAUCUCUUCACCCCACCCCCUCCAACAGGAGGGCAGGCCUCCCAUUAGUGGGGGGGGGGCAAAGAGACAGAUGACAUUUCAGACUAGUAAGACUUAUUUGAUAUGACACCAUGAUGAGUUUAUAAUUCAGGUGUAGAGUUACUCAUCUUAUGUAAAAUAAUGACAGUUUUACCUGAAAGUAAUAUGAUUUUCUGGGGUGAAAUGUUUUGCCAGGUUUGAUUGAUUCUUGUUUUAAUCCAUGUUUUAGUUCAAUGUGUAGUGCAGGUUGUUAACGUCUUGUAAUACUAUUUCAGCAUGGUGCUGUGGUGAAUGUAGCAGAUUUGUGGAAGUUUACUCCUCUUCACGAAGCCUCAGCAAAAGGAAAGUUUGAAAUCUGCAGACUUUUGCUCAAGGUAGGUCAGAUACAGUAUUCAAUUGUACAGUAGUGUUUAAAAGAGCAUUUUUUGUUUCUUUUCGAAACAAUUGGAACAGUCAACCUUCUUCAAAUGGUUGCAAUGUCCACAUAUCGUUUUCCAAGCUAUCAGCCUUAAGUCCCGUGGAUCCCGUUUCUCGAAAGGCCGGUAACUUUUUGGGUCAAAUUUUGACAUCAAAACCUGUUGAAUAGUAGCACAGUUUCAAGCUCACAAACUGGUUAAUUUUGGUUCAUUAACUGAUAGUUUCAUUGUAUCAUUUUCAAAAUUAUUGAACGUUGAUCUGGAAUGCAAACAACAGCUUUUCGGGCCUGAAACGUUAUUGGGACUUUCAGGGAAAGGACCCCUGGUUGCAAAUCAACAGGAAGUAAAUGCUUAUGCACUUGAUGAUGAGUAUUACAUUAUUAUUUUUUUUUAUUUUAGGCAAAAGCUAGCGCCCUCAUUCUUAGUUGCUUUAAUCCCCUGGGCAUUGACUUCCAAAAACAACAACAACAACAACAACAGUUGAUUCAAUUUGAAAAUAAUCUGAAAUUGUGUUACCCGCAAUGAGCGGGUCUUCUCUCAGUCGCUGUCCAGAGGUGGUCGUACGUAAAGGUUCCACUGUAUAAUUUUAAGUAAUUAAAUAGUUACAAGGAAGUUUCAUGUUUUUUACUUUAGGAUAUUGUUACAUUGGCAUCUGUAUUUUUUGUUUGUUUGUAACAGCAUGGAGCUGAUCCUCAAAAGAAGACUCGUGAUGGCCAGACUCCAUUGGAUCUUGUGAAAGAAGGAGACACUGAUGUGGCAGACCUACUAAGAGGUAAAAACAUUCUUCUAUCCUUUUACGCUUAUAGUGGAAUGUAAACUGAUCCCUACAUAUAAUCCUUUUUUAAGUCAAAAAAAUAAAAACACAGCAUGGUGGUUUGUUUGAUUUGCUACCUUGUAUUUCAGGAUAUUAGAACCAAAGUACAGCUAGUUUUUUUUUUUUUCAUCAUUGUGGUGGACACCAUCAUCAGCUAAACAAAAUGAGAUGCUCCACAUGUACACGAAGUGAAGCUUUAUUCUGCUUCAAAACUGUGUGCGGCUGACCUGCGUACACUGUACGUGCACAUUGUACACAAAGCUCAUUUUCUGACUGCAGUAUCAAACAAGCUCUCAAGCUCUAAUCAAAAUGCUCUGAAGGUUUCUUUCUUUUACAGUUGGUGCGUUCUCAUUUUCAGUGGCAAUGUUAACAGUAAUUGAUCUUGCUGAUUUUCAGCAAUUAUCAAACCAGCCCCCAGUCCAGCAAAAACUGAUUAUUUUUCUUAUCAUUUCCGUAGGUGAUGCUGCUUUACUUGAUGCAGCAAAGAAGGGAAAUCUAACAAGGGUAUGUACACAAUACUGCUCUUUAGCAUCUGGUUUUCUGUAGUAACAUCAGCUAACCUAGCCUGAGAAAACAGCCGACAUUUGUCGGCGCUACUACUGGUUUUCCCGCCAAAUGACGUGUGAGAAACGAGCGCAGAAAUUCCAUACUGAUGACGCGUCAUCAGAUCUGGGUAGUGCUUCUCAUUGGUCGAGCCGUAUGCGAAAUUUGAUUCAACCAAUCAGAAGCACUACCCAGAUCUGGGUAGUGACGCGUCAUCAGUAUGGAUUUUCUGCGUUCGUUUCUCAGACGUCAUUUGGCGGGGAAACCAGUGGUAGCGUCGCCAAAUGUCGACUGUUUUCUCAGGCUACAGCUAACCUCUUUUCAUAGGGUUUUGGCCAUGAAUUCAAAACUGAGUCAAAGUAACAAAUGUUCUCACCGUAAAGUGUAAAAGUUAAGUUGGAAAGUCGUAAGUAAAGCCAUAUCUUCGUGUUUUUGUUCUGUUUGUGCAGGUCAUGAAACUCUCCACUCCAGAAAACAUAAACUGUCGAGAUACGCAGGGACGUAACUCCACUCCAUUACAUCUUGCUGGUAAGUUAAACUCAAUCUAAAAACCUGAAAAAAAAAAUAGCCUGGAAGUUGAACCGCUUCUGUGCGCGGCGUCUUCACUUUCCUCACUGUACUGUUUUUCUAGCAUAGUAUCCUGGGCCCUCAGCCAUCCCUGAAGGACAUACAAGUUUUACCUUAUGUAUUAUGUACCUUAUAUAUUGACUGAAACAACAACUAUGUAUCUAACACUAGUCCCCCUGCAUUACGCUUUCAUUGCAUUUAGUCAUGCUCAAAAAGUGCCUAUUUCUGAAAUGGCAAUAGUUAAAGUCUCUCUCAUGAUUACUGAAGUAGAUUUGGCAAAGGCAAUGCAGUGUUUAAUGAGAAAUGCUCUCCGACGUUCGAUUUGUCGCUCUGCCAUUGGUCAACGCGGUUUUCAGAUGUACUCGCGCUGUCUUCACUGCCCUUACUCUUUAAGACGUUACAGAAAAAAAGACGGUAAACCCUUACGUGACAAGCGUGACAAGUAUUAUUAUUAUUCAAGAAUUUUUCAGCCAAACUUCACAUUCCAAUCCUUUAAAUAUAUAUUUUUUUGUUUGCAAAAUAAAAAAAACAAUGAUGUUAAGAGACGAUCGCGACAAAACACGCAAGUAAUAGCCUUGUCACGUUUGUCACACAAAAAUGUUGUAGUGUUCUCUUCUUGUGCUGUCCUGCUGCCUCACGUACAAUUUUAAAAGGAGUGACGUUUACGACUAACGGCAAACGUCAAUUUCUACCACGUGACCAAGUUUUCCCGUACUUGUCGUUUACUGUUCAUGAUUUGACAAAAUUGGUAGUUUCAGGUCAGUUUUAUCCAUAAGAAUUGUGUUGGACUGUUUUAUUCGCUUAUAAGCUGUUUUGAAAAAUUCUCAACUUGAAUCUAACGUUUGCCGUAAACAUGACUCUCUAAUGUCUUUGCUAAAUCCUCCACAGCUGGGUAUAAUCAUUUUGAAGUGGCUGAAUAUAUGUUGGAAAGUGGAGCUGAUGUCAAUGCGCAGGACAAGGGUGGAUUGAUCCCAUUACAUAAUGCUUCAUCAUAUGGGGUAAGUCUUACAAUCUUGCAAAGAAUGCGUGAAGCAAAAAUCAAAUGAAUCAGGGUGCAGGUGCAUAAAAGACUUCUCAGAAAAUAAUACAGUCAUAAAAAUGUUCUAGUCAGUCAGUUGAAGUUUACCUGAAGAGGUAAGUAAUUGAUUUUCUUUGAAUGUGCGCUGUAGUCCUAUGCAACAGUGAAUCGAACACACUUUACUGAACUGUGAUUAUUGUCCAAGUCCUAAUUGCUAGUGGCCUGUGUGUUUGCCGAUUGAACAGCUCAUAAGUAAAAGUUUCUUUAUGGCAAUGUUUUACUUGAGGGAGGUAGAAUAAUAUUCGUCUACAUUGGUUGUGGUUCUAAAAGAAGUCCUGGGUUAUUUUCUUGCAGCAUGUGGACAUUGCAUCUCUUCUGAUAAAGCACAAUACUGAUGUCAAUGCCACUGAUCGCUGGUUGUUUACCCCUCUUCAUGAAGCUUCCCAAAAAGGGAGAACACAGCUUUGUGCUCUUUUGGUAAGUGACAGACUUUAUAAAAUUGCAUUUUCAGGGUUUUCUAUCGGUAUUGAUUACAAUAGAUAAACUAAAAGGCUACACAUAAGAGUUGCCUUACCCUGUGAUCAGAGUUUCUCUCUUGCAUGGCUUUAGCGUUAACGAAGUCGUUCGCGGCGUGGCUUGUCAGUCACGUAGUUGGUUUGUUUUAUACGCCCCAGGGCGUAGAAAUAAAAAACUACGCGACAUCAAACCCGCGCGAACGACUUUGUAAGCGCUGAAAGCCAUGCAAGAAAGAAACUCUGCUCGCAGGGUAAAAAUGCCUUUAAAAUGCCAGAAAAUUGUUUUACCAAUAAUUUCAGCGUUUACCGCGGGUUGAAUUUUUGUGUGUUAAGGUGACUCGACCCAGUUUUUUUGGGGGGGUGCCAUUCUACUUUGAAGCUCUCUGGCAUCCCCACCUUUACUUUUAUCGUAAGUCUAACACAUAGAAUGGAUAACAUAUAGAACAAUCUACAAUAUAACAUAAAAUUUUUGGCGAUCGGAGUAAAUGUCACGUGGUUAUAAUGCCACGCCCCUUUGAGGUCUGAGUCGAAAAUCGGCUGUUGCCGGUCAUUUUUCCGUGAAAAUCUCUCGGCUACACAUAGUGCGCAUUAGUGCCUUGCGCUGAACAGAGUUUCACCAAAAUUGCAAAGACCCAAUUCGAGAAAUUCAGCAGUUUCCAAAUUUAGGUCAUAAUUUAUGCGAAAAUAAUAAGCAAACUUUACACGGUUUAUAUCUAAUAAACCAAGAGAUUCAUCCCUUUAUUUUGGGCAUCGUUAUAACAGAUGGGUCCUUGCAAGUCAGCAAAACGCUUUAGGGCCUUGUAAAUGCGCGCGAUUUCGAGCAAAGCAAACAUAUAGAAAUUAUAGUUUUCGCUAUUUAUUGACGUUUGUCAGCGUUUAAGAGUCCUUCUCACGAAAAAAGCAUUUUCUUAAAAAUUCGUAGUUUUUUUUCCUUCAAAUUUUUUCAGGGCCACAAUUGAUUAACUAAUUACCCGGACUCUGAAUUUCAUGGUCAUUGAAAAACUGUGACAUUAUCUUCUACAAGCUCAAACUUGAGUAAACAUUGAAGAUUUUUAGCGUUUUGGCUGAGUUUGUGCUUUGGGAGUUGUCUAUUGUUUCUAGUCUGUCAUUAUACACCAUUCUUGUUCAGCACGCGUGCAAUGACCACGCUUGGCACGACUCGUGACGGGAAUAUCUCGGUGAGCAUUCGGAAGUCAGCUCAGACCUCAAAGGGGCGUGGCAUUAUAACCACGUGACAUUUACUCCGAUCGCCAAAAAUUUUAUGUUAUAUUGUAGAUUGAUCUAUAUGUUAUCCAUUCUAUGUGAUAGACUUACGAUAAAAGUAAAGGUGGGGAUACCAGAGAGCUUUAAAGUAGGAUGGUACCCCCCCCCAAAAAAACUGGGUCGAGUCACCUUAAAAAUGAUAAUUAGAAAUGACUGUUCAUACCAUCACAGUAAAUCUUGUUGUCUAGGUAGGCGUUAUGAUCAUUUCCUUAUUUUAUUUGAACCUGAUAUAUUUGGUGUGCGUACAGUACAUAGUUAGGAGAUAACUAACUAGUUUGGGGCUGACAGAAUAUUUUGGUUGCUUUAAUAAUUUGCAGCUGGCCCAUGGCGCAGACCCCACAAUGAAGAACCAGGAAGGCCAGACAGCUUUAGAUCUUGCAAUGGUAAAAUCUUAAACCUCGCUAAUAGAAAACCAUAGGUAUAUUCUCAUUGUAGGUUGUGUGAUGAUAUCCACAAGGGAGUUUGCACUUUGUGUUUUCAUACGUUAUGCGUACGUAUUAUGCUCUUAAAUGAGACAGAUUUGAAAGAAGCAGUUUCCUAGUGUAACAUCACAUAGAAAAAGAAAACAUACAGUGGAAAGGCGAAAGAGGUCUAUAUGAUAGAGAUCUAUGUAUAAAAAAAUUGUUUCAUCUAGUGAAUUUUGAGGUGAAUUCAGUGGACUCUGUCAUUAGAGACCUUUAGAUUCUAAGACAAGGACGACUACGAGUACCUGAUUUUCUUAAUACUAAGUAGUGUGCGCUCGUGAGGCAGAAUCAAUUUGGCGUGUAAAGGUGUUAGCCAUCGUCAUUCUACUACUACUUUUAGCGAGAAUGUCGUAGUGGCGGAAGCAAGUUGUCAAAUGAUCUCAAAUGUUAGACGUUUUAUCAUUUUGCGAUCAGGUUGAAGGGGGCGGGGGUGGAGUUUAACCUCCUUCAAUAAGAAAAGCAGUGCAAAUAUUUCUGGUGAAGAAAGUACAAUGAAGUAUUCAAUUCCAGGGUAUCUAUUUUUUCACAAUACACAAAGAAAACUUAAAAUGAAACAUCUCAGAUUCCACAACUGACAGCAGGUAUACUGUUGUGUUAACAUGUACAUUUGAUUUUGAUUGACAGGCUGAAGAUGUGAAAUGCCUGCUGAGUGACGCCAUGAUGGCAUACGUCGCUCCCGCGACUCCCAAUGUGACGUCACCACCUGCUACUCCAAACAGCAGUAAUAGUUCACCACUCUCUCCAGCUAAUGCCAGCCUGCUGGCCAACAGCCCUGCAGGCUCAGGCGAUGGAGCUGUCAAUAAGAGGUCUAUUUCAGAGGCGCAAGGUGCUGGCGACACGAGAAUUAUCCUUCCAGGUAUUUACUGGGAUUGAGUCGCGGUGCUCAGCCUUACGAAGUAGGUGGACUAAGAGUCCUCCGUUUGCACCUUGAAACUUUUAAACAUACCCAGCAAAAUUUAUUCUUUGUAACUGCAAUCCUGGACAAAAGUACUUAUGACAGUGAGCCCCCCGAUGAUUGAAGAUGAUUCCCUGUCUAACUAUUGCGAUUGAAAUAUAUUUUUAGGUCACCCUGGCUUGGAUCUUGAUGUAGGAGAAUUCCUUGACAGCCUUCAACUCAAUAACCUUAAGGAUAUAUUUGAAAAAGAACAGGUAAGUAGCAUUUGGGGGCUAGGAAAUACAGUCUUUAAAAGGGCUAAAUAUAUUAGAUUAGACGAGGUUUGUUGGCUUCGCCAAGAUCUCGGCAUGUGAAAAAUGAACAGCAAGAAUUUGUUGGUGAUAAAGAAUAUUUCUCUGUAAUAUCAUGUCCUAACAGCUGAAUCUUCAUUCAACAAAAAUUAACUUUGUGCUUAGAUGACAACCCAGCCAGGCCGGUUAGUCGGUAUCCUGGUAAUCACUCUCGCCGGGACACCCCACCGAACCAAACCAGCAAGGGGACAGCGGGUAACGCGCAGUUCAUGCGCACUGCUUCCAAUCAUUGCGGCUCCUGGGUGGCUCGCGAACUCGGCCCAUAUUAUGAAACCCUUCAGAAAGUGCCGCGUACAAUUUGUUUCGGAUGCAUUUGCUUUUGUUUCUGAUUGUCAGUGUGUUUUGUUACCCAGAUCUCCUGGGAUGUGCUUGUCGACAUGGGCCAUGAGGAACUUAAAGAGAUUGGAAUCCACGCGUUUGGUCACAGACACAAAAUCCUCAAGGCAGUUAAAGAAAAACUCUCUGGCUUACCAGAACUGGGUGAGUGAAUUUUGUAAACGAACUUAUAGAGGUUGUCGGAUAAAAAACCAGAAGCUGAGUUAAAGAGUUGUUUUUCCUUUUUAAAUCCGCAAACUAAAACCAGCCGACCCAAACAGUACUAAGCGAGAAAAGCGCGAAAGAGCUUGUAGACAAGUCCCGUGUGGCUUAGGUGCUGCUUCUGAUUGGUUAAAAUACGAUGGUGGUAGCUCACUAUUCAUUGAGUUAAAAUUUAGGAACAAGUGCGAUCUCAAACGGACUUGCGUAACAUUGCCUGUUUCUGUAAUGUUCUGUUAAUGUUUCUGUUUUGUUCUUUUUCAGGUGGCGGACCUUUCACCUAUUCAAGCCAACAAGAAACAGUUGUUCAUGACUUACCUACGGACGACAAGGACUACAUUUCUGUUGCAGAGGAGGUUAGCUAAUUUCUUCUUAAUCAAUCUGUCUUCUAAAAAAUAACUGCCAUUUGUUUUAACCUCCUGAACCGAUUCGUGGAAAUAUAGCGUUCACUGCAUCUCCGUAGUAAUUGUGUGGGGGAGAGGGUUAGGUUGGGUUUUUUUUCACCCCCUCCCCCUCAUGUUUUUUUUACCGUUUGCUACGCUGGCUAGAAUUCCGCAGACUUUUAAUGUACUUCGUGUGGCGCUUAAGGUACUUAAUCUCCUCCAAAAUGCAAAACUGUAGAAAUUCUUUCCAUCGUAUGUCUACUUGUGAACUUAUGAUAUUUACGUAUAUUGUAUUCAGAUGCAGAGUACUGUUGUGAAACACAAGAAAGAUGGCGGCCAAUCCGGUGGAGUCUUCGACUCCUACAUAAUUGUCAGGGUUAGUAGUUUUAUAAAUAGUUUACAGCCUUAUAGUUUUUAUUUGUUGAACUAAACUCCCUUAAAACAAAUAGUAGUCAUCGCAUGUUCACGCCCUCCAUUUUUAUCGCACUAUUAUCAAACGAACGCGCGAACCAGACGCGAAUGUCAAUACAGACCUCGAAAGGGUAUGGCGCGGAAUCAUUCGCGCGCCUCCUACACCCAAAGCUUCGUUUUGGAGAGAGGAUGUUAGUUGAGAGGAUUUAAAACCAAAGAGCUUAGCCUAUAUUGUUCAACUUUUUGUCUUUUUUCAUUCACUGUCAGUGCACUUGAAAAGUGAUUGGUUUCAACAUGGAAUCUGUAUGUGUUCUAUGGUUUAUUUGGCUUUUGACCCUAAUACAAACAAUUGGUGACAUAGUGGCUUGGAUGUUACUAGAAAACAGCAAGUCCAUUUUCUCCUUUCUUCAACCUCUGUUUCCUUCUGUUUUAGAUUCAGCGGGUCAUAAACAAAAGACUGUGGGAUAAAUACGUUUACAGAAGAAGAGAGGUAAGAGCUUAUUUUUCAUUGGAAACCUCAGAUUAUGUCUGUUUCACUCGCAUGUUUGAGUUUGAAUCGAUUGCCCGUCCCCGGGGCAGUUUAAUCUCCCUUGCACGUAUUUACCGGCGCGUGUGGGUUAUCUUCUGCCAAAUAAACGAAGACAGACGCGAUGUUUAUCUCUCGAUCCACUCUUUGUAGGUUGCAGAGGCUAAUCACAACCACAGUAAUGAGAGAAUGUUAUUUCAUGGUAUGUGAUUACUUUGCAGUAGCUUUUUGACAACAGUCACUUUUUUCAUUAAAGUUAAGACUAAAUCAUCAGCAAACUCUUCUUACUUUUCUUUUAGGUUCGGCAUUUAUCAACGCUAUUCUACAAAAGGGAUUCGAUGAACGUCAUGCUUACAUUGGAGGGAUGUUUGGAGCAAUUGAAAAUGUUUUAUCGAAACAACAACACGUUUAUGGCAUUAAGCAUUUCAAACCUUCAGUGAGGCAGUCCUGAAGAUAAAUAAAAAGAUAAAAGUAUUAAACGUGCCCAAAACUUACCCUUUAGUUUUGCUAUAGGCUCUUUUUCUUCAGUCAAUUUUUCUUGCAACUUGUCUUGAAAUUUUAAUGCGCCGCUGCGAUAAAAGUUCCCCAAGAACGCGUCGCCUAAUGUACCAGUCCCUGAAAUAACCAAGUCUUGCAACGUUUGCGUUGGACCAAGCCUUGGGAAAAGUUGAAAUUGUUUCUCCUUCGUGCGAUGCUUGCUACAACAAACAUUUUUUGAGACACGUUCAUUCAGCGAGGUGUUACAAUGGGCAACACAACCUUAUUGCUAAAAAAACUGCGAGACGAAUCGCAGAGAUUUUGAGAAGAACUAACAUUGUCAAUUGUGCAGGUAUUUACUUUGCGGAGAACUCUUCAAAGAGCAAUCAGUAUGUGUAUGGUAUUGGUGGUGGAUCAGGCUGCGCUCUACACAAGGACAAGUCCUGUUACUUAUGCGAAAGGUAACAGCUCAAGUUAUUUAUAGUACAUUUUUUUUAACUGAGAACUAUAACCUGAACUUCAGAGGUAUUUUGCGGAACGCAGUAUUUUCCAGCUAAACCAACUACGCAAAAGAGCGCCAAGCCUGCGGGAAAGCUUACCAUUAAAAAUUCGCGCAAGCAACGAGCGAAAGGGGAGUCUACCCUCGCGGGCUCGCCCGCUUGAAAUGGAGAGGUUGUCUGCUGGCUGAAGGGUGCUCGUUUUCCCCUUUCCUCCGGUUAUUGAGUUUCGAACCUUCCGCCACUUAGGCUACUGUCAGUGUCUAAAAGCUUUGGCAGGUUUGGGAGAAUUAAGAUGAUGAUCAAGGGGGCUGGGGUAUUUAGCAGAUUCUUUUCAAUUCAUUACUAGCUCCUUUUAUGAGUCAUCAUUUUGAUUAUACCGAGAUAACCGGGGCGAAUUAUGGUACUCGCUUAUAACCAAAAAAGACAUCUUGCAUUAGAUCACAUUUCCUGAAUUGUAAAAUGAAAAUAUCUCAUUAUUCGCUUUACUCAAGGUUUUCCUUAAUUAAUUACAACACUGAUUGGGACACUUAAGCCACACUUCUUUUGGCGCAGUUUAUUAAGUAAUCAAUAAUUUAUAAUUUAUAUGAAUGCCACCGGCCUGAUGUGAAUUUGAAUCCAAUGGAAGUUUUCAUUCUAGAUCUUAUCUAAUCAGCGCGAUGUUUUCUAUCUGGCAGGCAACUUCUUUUAUGUCGUGUGGCCCUUGGUAAGCCAUUUUACCAGUUUUCAGCCGUCAAGAUGGCGCAUGCCCCUCCUGGUCAUCAUUCUGUAAUAGGACGUCCCAGCUCAGAAGGGCUGUCGUUUGCCGAAUAUGUUGUGUAUAGAGGGGAGCAGGUAUGUCUUGCUUUUUAGAGCUGUAUUUUCUUUUCUUGUCGCACUUGUGGCUGUCGUUUAAGAGAAUGCUAGUAGAGACCUUCGCAUUAGCCUGUUCCAGGCGUUCAUAUAGUAGGGCGCGGUGUACAAUUUAACUCGCUCCUUACUGACCGCCCCACUCUACUAUCUGAACGCCUGGAACAGGCUACCUUCAAAUUUGACUACUUAAGCAGUUGAUUAUAUUGGGUGCGACUUUGGCCUACAUUUUUUAGCCAGAUUGACAAAAGCUAAAUUUACAUGCAACAGAACAGAGGUUUGCUAAUUUGUGGACGUAUCAAAGUCGUCUUUCGUGAGAAAUUCGUAAUUUCCUUUAUUUUCGGGGGUUUCAGUGUUGUCCGCGGGAAACAGGCGCCCCAUUGAUAUAGAUCGUUUUCACUGUCACGCAACAAAAAAAUAAAUUGAAAUCCGUCAAGUAAAAGAAGCCAAGAAAAUGAUAUGUUAUAAAAGACUAAUAUUUAAACAAUUUGUCCAAGUCUCAGGACUUUUUGGCCCACAGUUUCUGAGUUAUUUGCCGAAACGUUUCACGCAUCUUUGUAGAGCUUUGUAUGAAGACGCCAUAUUGGUGUACAGUUUUGGUGCACCAAUAUGGCCGCCGAAAAUCAACAAAAACAUCUGGAGUUCACUUGUUCUAUAAAAGCUCCUUCUUUUCACUCGAGAACUAGCCUACGUGCGCAUAAACAUAUCCUCUAAUACUUGAAAUGGUUAUACUGCUGAAAAUCAAGAGGAGAGACUUUUUUUCAAGGAGACAGCUUCCUAUUUUGGUGUCACGCACUGUGAAAACUCGGAAGUUCAAAUUGCUGUAUUUUCGAAAUGAAACAUGCUAUGGGACUGAAAACUUGUACAAAGAUUAACUUUUUGUUUAUCUUCAACCUCGUGUAAAUAAGAAUUCGUAAAACCUCGCUAUUUUGACUUUACAAUUUGAUGACGUCACUGUAAAAACCAUCUGUAAAGCAUAGACAUUUUGAGCGACACACGUCAAUCGAAAGUGAAGCCUUUUCUCUUUUCAGUAAUAUGCCUGGACAGACGCUAUCAAAUUUGUAUUCACUGUUAUAGGGACGAUCUGCGUUACAAUUUGGGCAAAACCACUGUCCAAGAAGGCAAAAAGUCCAGCUCGGUUGACCUUGUUGAUUUGUGCUAUUCAAAAAAUACAGAUACAGCAUUUGGUUAUGAUAAUAUGAUGCCAGUGUCUUUUUAAAGAAUCGAUGUGCCAUUUGGUUAAUUAUCUCAUGACACACUACGUCCUUGUUUCCUUUGUUGUUUACAGGCCUAUCCAGAAUACCUGAUCACUUACAAGAUUGUUAAACCCUCCAACGUUGAGGCAUCUCCAUAAAUUCCUUGUACAUCAGUACCAAUUAGGAAUCUGAAUGGCUGAGAUUGCUGUACAUAUCUACAUAACCAAAUAAGCGUCACAACGCUGUGCAAAUUCCAGCGUCAACAGAAAUGUAUGACCCCAUUAAAGGGGUAAACAACCACUCGGAGAAAUCAGAAACAUGAUAAGAAGGAAGGGACAAGAAAUAGGGUGUACAAAUUCCAAGAAAGCAUGUUAACAAGAAAGACUAUUAAGCUUACAACGAAGCUGAGAUUUAACUAUGACUGGCCCCAGUCGUUCAAAAGCUGGAUAGCGCUAUCCAUCGGAUAAAUCACGAUCCAGUGGAUAAAUAUAAGGGAAACCAAUGGUGCUAUCCAGUGGAUAGAGAUUUAUCUGGUGGAUAGCGUUAACCACCUUUUGAACAACCUGGACCUCAAUUAUGUACUUCAGAGCUGAUUAUGGAUUUUAAAGCCGGAAAAACACGAAAUAUGAUGGCACCAAAUUAAUCAUGAACAUUGUACUUUUAUAUUAUCGCAGAACAAUUUUAUAUAAUCUUGUAAUUUAAUAUUGUAAGAAGUAAUCAUGCAGUUAAUGCAAAACAAAAAAGGUUAUUCAACCGUGUCCUGACAAAGGAGAGGUUUUUACCCCCAGUGGAAAGCUUUUUCAGAGGCCAGUUACAUACCGCAUAAAACUACAAACUGCACUUUCAGCAGGUUAUCCUCGGCGCCAAAUGAAAAACUUUUUAAUAGUUGGUAAAGCCCAGCGGAAGGGAAUUUAGACUAAAAUAUUAUCGAAAGCCUUACUUGACAUUACUUUGAAAUAUAAGUUUACAUGGUGGUCAAAGAGUCUGAGUUGGAAGUUGAUUUUCUUUCUGUAUUUUUUUACUAGUUUGGCCUUGACUGUUGGGGAUUUCUUGCAACAGUGACACUUGUCACCUCUUAUUUAGACAAUCUACUUUUCUAAAGUUAACGCUGUUCCUUUACCGUAGUUUGUUUAUCACUUAUCUGUGCUUUUGCUUUAAUUGUAAAUGUAGGUCUGUAAAUAUAUCAACUAUUUCAUUUAACUCCAUGUUAUAAACGAGCCUUUUUUAUACCAAUAUCAAAAUGCUAGAGCAAA